AGCAGUGAGAAGAUGGCUCUAGCGCUUCACAAGGGACGUUUUGUUUUCUUCAACACAUCAUUAUAGUCAGAAUGGUCUGCAAAACAGUCCUCGCUAGCGUGGCCAUUGGUACCAUUGCUUUAGCCACUGCCUUCACGCCGAAUCUUAACGCAGCAGGGGAGGAGUUACGGUUGAUCAAGACGUCUGAUGUUGACAACGGCACAUGGUACACCGAGCAAGAGAAGCUGGAUCUUUUCAUCUCAACACCUUCAUGUGCCCACUUCAUGGACAUCACGGAGACUCAGGUUCGUCAGAUGCUUGUUGAUGCACGCGAGGCCUAUUUUGACAAACGCCAAUCUGCAACGUUCCCUUCGGCGGCCGCUCACCAAGCAGAGGCAAACCCCUUGAUCGAUCAAAUUAGCAAGACCAACCCCAAGACCUGGGCUACGACAUUGACCAAUAUUCAUAACCGGUACUACAAGGGAUCUUAUGCUGCAUCAUCAGCCACGACUGUCUACAAUCUCGUCAAGAAUGUUGCUGCUGCGAACACGAAGAUCACUAUCAAGCAGUUUACUCACAGCUACAACCAACCGUCUGUGAUCGCCACGAUUCCUGGAACCUCGUCCAACGUUAUCAUUGUAUCUGGACACUUCGACUCGAUUAAUCAGGCCAAUCCUACAACGGGUCGGGCUCCUGGGGCCGAUGACAACGCCUCCGCCGUUGUCACCAUCCUUGAGUCUCUCCGUGUUUUGGCAGCGGCCAAGUAUGCCCCGAAGAACACCCUCGAGUUCCACUUCUAUUCUGGCGAGGAAGGCGGUCUCUUGGGUGCUCGUGCUAUCAUGCAAGACUACGUCAACCGCAGCGUCAAGGUUCUUGCUGUCAUGAACCAAGACAUGACUGCGUAUUCUCCCAAUCACAAUAUCGCAGUCUAUACUGACUACGUGAGCACACCGCUGAGCAACUUUAUCAUUAAGUUGGUGCCGGUGUACACUGCUCUGCCGGUGAUUACGGAUCGAUGUGGGUACGCUUGCAGUGACCAUGGUGCUGCAUAUGACGCGGGCUACCCUGCUGCCUACGUCUGUGACGAGAACAUGGUGGACGCGACGCCUUACCUUCACACCGCCAACGAUGCGCUUUCGACUAUGGACUUCGACCACUUGCACCAACAUGUGCGUUUGACAGUAGGUUUCCUGGUGGAGGGCUCCUACUUUUGAGCAGCCUCCGAUGGAAUAAGAGCGUCGCUUGACAGGCGUGCUUCAGGACGUAGUCGAAUGCAGUCAACAUUUCCUAUUGUUAGCGCCUUCUAC